AUGGAAGGUGUGCGAGCAUGCGGUCUCGCCUCUCCUCCUGUAUCUGUCGGCUCCCCUUCUCCAAGCAAUGCCUCAAAUCUAAACCAUAACUCAAGCCUUCCAGCGCCUCGCAUGCAUCGUCUGCGACCCGGCUCACAGAAAGAAAUUGCCCUGAUAAACUAUCUGGAUGACAAAAUACUGAGAAUCACCAGAAGAUACGCGAAGAAAUUCAGUAAUGAAAGCCGAGAUAAAGAUAACACCCCAGGUUAUACUACGUACGAUGAAUUCGCUACUGAUGUUGAACCGCUUGUGAAUGUUGUUUGGAUCAGUGGGACACCCGGACAAGUUUGUUCAUAUCUCCAGGCCUUCCCGUUUUCCAACACUUUUUUUGCCCUCGUGGGGAAGAUUGAUGAAGGCUUUGCUUCACUGCUUCAGCCGCUGAGCAAUGGAAACCAAGGAGACUCUCCACCUUACCAUGUUUCCACGACCGACAAGGUACGCAUCAAGUCUCUUGUUGAAGAGACACGCGUUGCUGCUAUGAAUGCUGCCUCCGCGAGUGGUCAUGUUGCAAGCGUUGAGGAUUCGUCUGAAAUUGAUACCGAGGAUGAUCGCUUUGACGACGACGCACCUGUUCAGAGUGACGAGGAAGAACGAUCUGAUGCUUGGGUUAUCCCACUUAAGCUGUCGAGGGUAUAUAAACGAACCUUGGAAAUCCUUGGUGAUUCACUUGUUAGAGGGUCACUUCCGCGGAACCAAAGUUCAGGCAGCCAGUGUCCAUGA